CAGGGAGAAAGAGGGGCUGCGACCAAUUACAUUUCAAGAAAUCAAGCGCUGAAGAAACUUCAAGUCAGCUUGCCGGAUUUUAGGUGAAUUUUGUCAUCUUUCAAUACUUAAUCUUUUGUUUUGUCUGAGUAAUAAAGCCAAUAACAUUUUGCUCCUUGAGGGAAUGGAUAAUCAUUUUUUAGCCCGUAACUGAACACGACUUGGAAUUUUCGACCAAAACCAUUUUGGCCAUUCACUUUUCCCCCACUUGCAAAAUGUACAAUUAAUAUUUGCUAGUUGUUGAGAGCAGAAAUCAAAAGAUCACAAUUUACACUCCCUUCUUUAAUUGAUCCUGCUUUAAAAAUUGUCACGAGCACCGUUCCACAAAUGGUGUAAAAUUAAUAAAAUUGCAUCAGUUUGCUUUUUUCCAAAAAUGCCCCUCACUAAAAUCCGUUGCCUUACCACCUCCCCCCUGAAUGCCCAGUUGAUGUUAAGCAGGAGAAAAGUGAAUGUUAAUGGCCCGUAAGAAUGGGAGAUGCUUUUAUCUGUCCUAUUGUCGUGGCGAGGCUCUGUUUGGAGGGGGUUGGUUUGAGAGGGAGCAGGAUCCCCCCUUGGUUUUAGGCCAAACCUGAGGCACACAAUUCGCAGCACAAAACAUCAAUUGAUUUUAAGAGCCCAUCCCUACUGUAGUGGGAUGUGGAACACCAAAUGCGAGUUGAAGGUACAUUGUAGAUGUAUAAAUUAUUUUCAUGACAUCAUGGUAGCCAUACAGGUGUUCCCAACCUGCUCCGGGCAUUCAAAUAGUGGAGAGUGAAAGCGUACCCACUCGCUGUUGGUUCCUGCUCACUGUUCUUUACACCACCCCAACACAUGCUAUUAUGUUCCUUGGUGAUGAAAGGAUGGCCAUCUUGGUGUACCAAACCAAUCCUAUGGGAGAUGAACACUUUUCGUAUGUUAACACUUUCUUUUGUUCCAAUAAAUUUGCAUAGGUGCUUGCUACAUGUAAGUAAAAACUCUGUGUUGGCAAAUCGGCUGGUAGGCAAAGUUGCCCAUCAGGAAAUUGACCAGAUCUAAAAAAAGUUUGGUUGUAGACAAACAAGGGAAGAUUAUAUUUCUGGAGUUUGAUUGUUUCUUGUAACAUGUAAGAUCUGAUAAGGGAAUUGAGGAAUGAAGUUCUGUUCUCUAUUAUGAUUAGCCUUUUUUCUCUUGUAGACGGCUGUGUAUUUUAAAAGGAGUGUACCCAGUUGAACCCAAGAACAAAAAGAAAGUUAACAAAGGAAGUACUGCAAACAAGACAUAUUACUACAUCAAGGAUAUACAGUACCUUGCCCAUGAGCCAGUUCUAAACAAGUUCCGAGAAUUUAAGGUGUUUCUUAGGAAGCUUAAAAAGGCCAUUGCCAAGGAAGAGCCAGGCACUGCUCAGAGAUUAGAAGACAACAAACCCGUUUACAAACUUGAUCACAUACUUAAGGAGAGGUUUGUGUUGUUAUACUGUUUUUUUUAUCUUGUCUUGUCUUUCAGUGAUUGAAUUAAGUGUUGUUUACCUUCAGUGUAGUAAUUAAUGAUUGUCAUUGUAGCUGUUGCUAUUCAAUAAUACAGGCAAGCCUCUCUUAAUGGACACCUUUGCAUGACAAACACUGUCAUAGUCCCUGCAUUUUACUUGCAGGUCGUAGUUUCGGCUGUUUAUUAUUAGGUGGAGACUGCAUAUAUACUACAUGUCGCGUGUUCCCAAAUAAGUAUGGGGUUGUUCCCACGAUAUAUGCAGGCUCCGACUCAGUAAUCAAGUUUUCUAUUCCUUUCUAUGUACAGUGUCUGUCUAAGAGAGUGUUUACAUUAUAGCAACUGUUAUUUUUCAGAUACCCAACUUUUAUUGACGCAGUUAGAGAUUUAGAUGAUGCUUUAUCAAUGCUUGUGUUAUUUUCAAUGAUGCCACAGACGGAUAAGAUACAGGUAUAUAUCGGAGUUAACUUCUUGUUACAAAAUUAUGUUUUCAACUGUGGUGUUGUCUUAUUAACUAAAAUCCAUUUUGUAGGUAUAAUUUUAAUGUCACAUUUUACAAGUAUAAAGAGUACAUAGGUCACCUUGUUACAGAUAAAUAUUAGACAAGACUGAAGUUAAUUGUGGCCAGCCUAACUCUAACCACUUUCAAUAUGUUUACGAUCAAGGGGCAGCUUUUUUAGCCAGUUUAUCCCUUAUUGACCCCUUAGGGGCAGGCCUUUUGAUUUAAGGUGCAAUAAAAAAUCAGAGAUUAUGCAGCAUUUUCAGGGAAGAUGGUGUGAUUUAAUUUAACCUUGUUUUACUAGGUUUCAAAGAAGAAAAAUCACUUUUGUGUCAUUUAACAGAUAAUUUGAGUAUAUUAUUGAAACUGUCGUGUUGCAUCAAUGGGAACUGAAACACAAAAACAUGAUCUUAUCAACUGUGAACAUUACAAAGAUUUACAUAGCCUGAUUGAGAAGCUCACUUUUCAAACAUUAGCCCAUUUAACAGAGCAAAAUUGUUGACACAUCACUUCACAUCACUCACCUGAUUGAUUAUACAGCAUGUAUUCAACUUAAACACAGGAAAGGAGAAAUACUAUUUUGAUUUACUGACAGUAUUAUUCUUUCAGACUAAUAUGAUAGCGAAAAAAAAACACUCUAGCAUUUGACGCAUUUUCCGGCAUUUUUAAAGCACUUUUAGCAACUGCUACCUAAAGAAGGCUGAACCUGAUUACUGGCUUAUAUAUAUUUUUGUGUUUUUGAAAGGCUGAUGUCGUAAAACAGUGUAAGAGAUUAUCAGGUACGUUGUAUGGAUUUACGUACCAAAAUGGGUUUGAAUUAAUCUGACCAUUAUCUGGUUCCUUGAACUUAAAUUGAUUACUUGAUAAGAAGAUUUGCCUUUUUCCUGCACCCAAACCCAGUGAACAAAACUUUAAGAUCUGAGAAGGAAUUAUUGCAAGAGGUUUAUGAUACCCUAAACUGAGAAAGAAGGGACAAAGGAGCUAGUUUCCAGAAAAACUUUGUUUUUGUUUUUUGUUUUCUUUUCUUUAGUUGUUUUUUGUAUUAUUGUGGCACAGCUGAUGAAAAAUAAUGACUUAUAAUGACUUUAUGGUGUAUUUGUUCUAUUAAUAUAGACUACCUAUUUUUUCCUCUUGAAUUUUUUGCCCAGUUGUGUCAGUGUUAUUGGGGGAAGCUAGUCUAUUAAUUUAGACUUUAUCCGUCUUUUUUCCAGUUGAAUUUCAACACUAUAUAAUAGCCUCAAGGUCUCUUAGAAAGGUAAGCUAUUAAAAAUCCAUAUUAGAAGAGGAAAAGGAGUGAUAACCUUGCCACAAAAUAAAACUAAUAUGUUGCUCAGUCUUGACUAAAUAACUUGAUGUUCACUCACAGACUGCUGGUUAUUGGGUGAGAAAUGUAGGUCCAGAAAUGUAAUUUUUUAGCAGAUAUUUAAAACAAAGAUUAAAACUGUUGCUUCUGUGUUAUUGUGGCAUGAAGCAUUAAUGCAGGAUUCAUUUGCUGUAAUUUACAAAUGGGUUGUUCCAGAAAAAAUCCACACCCCCCCGACGGAUGGGAUUCUGGAAAUUCUCGUGGGAGGGGGGGUCGAAGACUCCGGAAAUCCAGGCGGGAGGGGGGGUUGACCUUAAAAAAGUCUUCUGCAGGGGUCAUUUCGACCGAUAGUUGAUACAAAUCAAACGUUUAGUUCGAUGACACUUAAGCGCUUUCAGACCCUGAAAAUAGUCAAAAUGUUUUGUUCAUAUAUUUCUCACCUGACAUAAAUGAUAAUCUAAGUUGCUUUACAGGUCCUUUUAUAGCAGAAAACGUGAACAAGAUACUAAAGAACGGGCCUGAAGGAACUCGUCGCAACGUUGUUGUCACGAAGAGCGUCAAACGCCUGACACAUUUCUACUCGUGCCCAGAGCCAGCGCCAAGAGCGAAUAGUGAUUUUUAUAAGCUAAGAAAUUAUAUAAACACUCGUUCAGGUGUCGUUCGCAUUUUUGUUUUUGCUCCUUUCGUUUUUUAGUUCCACGCGAUAGAAUUCUUAGUUUAAUAUAAGCUGAAGCUUUAGAAAUUAAAACAAAAACAUUUAGACGUGUUUGCGUGUAUUUUCCAUUAAAAAUAAAUUAAAUUUAAGCCUUUUAUUUUUUCCCGGAAAUCCAGGCGGAAGGGGGGGUCUUCCACCUUGGAAAUCCAGUUGGGAGGGGGGGUCUUGUGCUUCAGGAAAUCCAGGUGAGAGGGGGGGUUAAAAAAGGACCCCAUCCGUCGGGGGGGUGUGGAUUUUUUCUGGAAUAACCCAAUUAAAGAAGUUGGCAAUUCUAUUAUUAAAGCCAAUCAGAUACUUUAAUAUUAAAAUAUUGCAUCGUUGAAAUGCUCUUCAAAGUGGUUACAGGUAUUGUUAAUAUGAAAACUCAAAAUAAGCACAGACUGAAUAUUCGUAAAUUCUUUCCCUCAAUGUUUUGUGUAGGUUUUCCUUUCUAUAAAAGGAGUGUACUUCCAAGCUGAAAUCCAGGAUCAACCAGUAACAUGGAUUGUACCAUAUCAAUUUUGUCAAGAGGUAUAUAUAUAGUCAGUAGAUACCAGUAGUUUUCUCUGUGAGUGUCACACCAAAAAUUAAAUCCAAAACUUUAAAGCUUUAGAAGGUGGAAGGAAGAAGCAGUAUUAAGCAACUUUUCCAAGUCUCAGGUCUGAUUGAUAUCCCAAACUUCAGUUCUUUGUCAAAAAGUUCCAGGAAAACAUAUAGAAUUUCCAUGUAUGGUCGUGAUUGUUUCAUAGUCACUAGAAUACAACAAUUAUUAACGUUGUCUGUUGGUGUGUUCAAGUUUUUCUCUAAUUUGCGAAAGCAGCACAGCACAGUUUCAAACCUUUGUUCUGCAUGGCUAGGAAACUCUCAUGAACAAAGAUUCUCCUCCAUCAAGGAAAAUGAAAAGUUUGUUUUUCAGAAGGUUGGCCAACUUUGGUAAUGUUUCACCUUUUCUAGUAGGGGCAACAAACAUAUUUUCAGAGCUUAUCCACCCACUCUUAAAAUUGAACUGUGUUUUGAAACAACAUGGUCGACACAUUCUACAGUUAUCUGAGGCACUCAGCUCUUUCAACUUUCUCCCUCUUCAAGGAGCAGGCACAGGCUUUGUCUGCAUACUGCCACUUCCACUCAUUUUUGAUCUUCCAUAAACACCACAUAGCACAGGAAAACAAGGCUAAAGAGUACAUUGGAAUUACUGAAUACAGCAUUUACCACAAGAUUUGAAGCCAAGUGCAGACAAUAACACGCACUAUUUUCUUGCAAAAUCAAUCACCAAGUGUAUCAAAUUCACAACGAGGGUGGAGUUUUUGAACCCCCUGGUCAGAAUGUACUCAUUGUAUGGAAAACAGAUAGUCAGUUUUUUUCUCUCACCUCACAUGGCCCUACGGGCGUGUUAGGUUCGUUCCCUCAUGCAUGUGAGACUCUUAAGCUACGCUAAACCAAUUUUGAGAAAAAAAGUGACGAUUUUGCAGUCUGUUGAAAAUUAUUUUAAAAUUUCUUGUGAGUGAUGCACCAAUUUGUCUAAAAUUAAUUGUGGUUUUCUUUUCUUUAGCCACCCUCUGAUGUUGACUUUAGAGUGAUGCUCACUUUUGUGGAAUUUUACACAACGAUGAUAGGAUUUGUUAAUUUCAAACUAUACAACAUGUUAAAUUUACAUUAUCCUCCAAAGGUGAGACAUACAAGACAUAGAUUAUAGAGAGCAAAAACAUUAAUUGGUGGUUUCAUGUUUCAGCCACAUUACACUACAGGACAAAAUACUACAAGUACAUACAUGUAUUUGCAACUUUGCUUUGCCCAUGAUGUAGCCUUGUUUGCCCCUCAAAUGUUUGCAUAAGUGAUUGUUUUCAAUUUCUCCUGGGUAUUACAUUGGCCGGGGCAAUAAGGAGUUUUAUGGGCAAUACAAAAAGCUUGCAAAAAUCUGUGUAUCAGGAAUGAAAUAAAACUUUUACAAGUGUAAUUUCAGAGUAUGGAGCCCUAUUGUUUUAGAGUCUGGAAACAAUAGCUACACUUGUAAAUUACACUUGUAAAAGUGAUAUUAGAUUGACUCCUGAAUAUAAAAAAUGGUCUUUUUUCUCAUGAUAAUACUACUCAAUUUGCCCUUUAAUAGAUUGCUGGAGAAUACAGCACCACAGCUAACAGUACAGGCUUUUGUGAAGACUCUGAAGUAGAGGAUGAGGUGAUGCGCAAUAUAUUUAUUUGCAGUACUGUAUUUCCUUGAAAAACCACCCUCCCCGAAAUAAGCACCCAGCCCUAAGGCCAUAAUAUUAAAUACCGGUAAGUGCCCCACUCCCCUCCCCCUCACUUUCUUAAAUAGUAGGGAUAUAAGGAAACCAGCUUCUUUCGCCACUUUAUUUUUACCUUUUUAGGCUUCAACUAUAGCAGCAUAUGUUUUGUUUGAGUCACUUCCUGUUAUUUCUAUAUCUGCAUACUUGUAGAGUUCCUUUAUGUGCAUCAUCUCGUCUUUAGUUUUUGUCCUAUUGCCGCAUUCUUGGCAAAUCGCAUAAACUUCCCAGGAAACAGACCACCAUUCUCUAUUUCAUUUAAAUGAAAAUGUAAUAAAUGCCCCCCUCAAUUAAGUGUCUUCCUCGAGUAAGCGCCCAUCCUUUUACCUGAAAUUUUAAACAAGCGCCCGGGUGUGUAUUUGUGGAUUUACAGUAUUAAUAAUUAUUAAAGUGUAUGGGUACAUGAAGGUAAAAAAAUCCUUUUUUGGCCUCUGCCCGAUUAUGUUAGUUUUCCUAAGCCAAUUCUGCAAAGCAAUGAAAAGCCAGACUCCAUUUUGUUUUACCUUUCAUCAUGAAUAUCAUUUUUUUUGUAGUUUUUUUUUCCUUGUCUCUGGCAUUGUUUUUAAUCUGUGUUUUUUUUUUGUCCAUCCCACAGAUCCUAUCAGCUUUAAGUCAAAAUUUAGCUGUCACAGGUAAACAAUUUGUUAGUUUAUUAAUGUAAAGUAUUUUCAAUCCUGUCAAAUGUGUGGCAUUUUGACAAGGAUUCAAGAGCCAGUUGCAUAAAUCUUGUGUGUUCCACAAAUAUUCCUGUAAUUAUAUUUUAUUUAAAGAAGGAGAUAAGUGAAUAAGAAAUUCAGCUGCCUUAAAGAAUUAUACCCACGUUCACCCCAGAUGCAUUGCGCACUGAGGAACAAUUUUGGUAUGUCACUACCCGUAAAAACUAAUAGAUUCUUUCUGCUUCCUUCAGCUCAAGAAGAAGAGGUUGAAGUGGAUGAAUUUCCAGUUGAUCCUGAUGUAAGUUGCUGUCUCUUAAUAAAAUUCUGCUUGUUCUGUAGUCUUAACUUUGGUUUGUUUCCUUUUACAGAGUGAAGAAGGAAAAGCUCAGGAGGCUAGCAAGAAGGAGUUUCAACAAAAGGAAAAACUCAAGAACCUGUUUUCAGAUUGCAACAUUUUCCUUUCUAGAGAAGUCCCGAGAGAGAUACUUGUGUUUGUUCUCAGGUACAAGUGGCACAUCUGUACGUAUAGUUCAGCUUUUAUGUGUGAACACCCCUUUCAAACAUCCAAAAUACUAAAAUCAGUUUUUCCUACAAAGCACCGUUGUUGAAAGUUCUUACAAAUGACCACCACCGCGGCUUGUGGGAACUGUGUUUUGAAAAGAAGAUUGUACUCUCCAGAUUUCUCUUCCCAUUCACCCUCUUCUAAGCCUUUCUUUCUCCUCUUUGCUUGGAAAUUUCUGUGAAAAUUUCUGUUUCCUUAGUUUUUAAGUAUUAUUAAGGUGACCGUAUUUUAUCUGCCGUUUUUAGUCACUGUCUCAGUAAUUCCAAGUCUCCUACGGAAACGUUUUUUUGCGGCCUAAAGAACGUUUUGCGUCGAAGGCCAAAUAUUCCCCAGAGUGUACAGUUACGGCUUUUUGAAAUGGUUCAGAGUGUGAAUUGCGCUGUUUUGUUUACCAGGUGUUUUGGUGGUGAAGUUUCAUGGCACAGUGCUGACGCAUUAGGAGCAACAUUUGAUGAAAGUAGUGAAUUCAUAACUCAUCAAAUUGUAGACCGGCCUGUGCAAGGGCACAGGUACCUAUCCAGGUAAUAAGAUGAUUCUCACUUAGUAGAUUGUUCUCUGUGUACUAGAAAUGAACUGAUAAAGUAAAAAAAAUAAUGGUAAAUAUGAUGCCAUGUCAAAAUGAAGACUCAAAGAGGAUUGUCAUGACUUGUGAGUGAUUUGAAAGCAAUGCAGCCUGAGCCUAUGCAAAACAACAGCGAAAACGUCACUUUUAAAGUCAAUUCGCGUUAGCAAAUUUUCCUAGAGUUGAAUUCUUACUGAUAUUAUGGACGCGUGCAAGUUCGAAAAGGAAAUAAUUGCUUGUAGUGUAUUUACGUCCUUCUUUCAGUUAGAAGCACCUAAAUGAGACCACAAUCUUCAAUUUACACCCAUAAGUGAGAUGUUGGGCAUCACUGUCUGUUUUUGUGUGGUUUUUCCUUCCCGGGACAUUUUCUAUGUUUCCGAUCGAAAAUGUUUUUACAUCGAGCCGUGAAUAAUUUUCCUAGGUAUUAUGUGCAGCCGCAGUGGGUGUUUGACUGUGUGAAUCAUCGCAAGCUGCUUCCUGUUGAAGAUUAUUUUGCGGGAGUAGAACUGCCACCUCAUCUGUCUCCAUUUGUCCAAGAGGAAGAAGGAGAUUACAUUCCCCCUGAGAGACGAGCCAUGUUAGAGGAGGAGGGGAAGGUGGAAUAUGCUCAACAGAAUGAAGAACAAGGUGAGAAGUUCAUUUAUUUCCUAAGCCUUGAUGCUCCAACGGGGCGGGGCUUCCAAGAUGUUUGGAGCCUUAGAGGCAGAAGACACCAAUAUUAGUUUCUUGUCGGAACUUUUCUCUUUGGUAUAACAACGUGGCAGUAGAAACAAAAAUCUUUUUGAAAUAAUCCUCUCGAAAAUAGGUGAUUCUUCAGGGUUUGAGAGCUUAAAAUGACUGCCAAAUGGCAGAGAGAGAUGGGUCUUCUUCUUCUUCUCUUAUACCGUGGUAUCCUUUAUACCGUGAUUUGCGUUAUACUGUGGUAUUCGGUAUUGGGGGAUGUUCGUUUUACCGGGGUGUUCGUUAUACUGUGGUUUUCUUUAUACCGUGGUGCUCGUGCACUGUGGUAUCCUUUAUACCGGGGUGUUCGUUAUACUGUUGUAUUCUUUAUAUCGUGGUGUUCGUUAUACUGUUGUAUUCGUUAUAUCGUGGUGUUCGUUAUACUGUUGUACUCGUUAUAGUGGGGGGUUCGUUAUAUCGUGGUGUUCGUUAUACUGCAGUAUUCGUUAUACCGGGUUGUUACUCACACUGUGAUGAUUCUUGUUACCAUGGUGGUCGCUAUAUACAGGGGCUUCACUGUAUUUAGGGAUGCACCAUUAGAAAUGUGAAGGGGGGGGUAGGACUUUCUGGAAAGGCAUGUUAUUUUUUUCACAACCAGCAGGAGUGCAGGAUUUUUUUUUCAACCUUCAAACCCUUGCACGAUUUUUUUUUUUUUUCUUUUAAAUGCAGCGGGAUCUGCAGUGUGAUUGGUGUUUUUGGGACAUCUACUUUUGUUUAUAGCUGUAAACUUUAUGGAUUCAAGUAGCAACGCAUAUUGUACAACACCAACUCCAUAAACUUGCGUGCAAGUGGAACUAUUGACGUUGUUAACACAAUCUCACUUUAAUCCCAUUAAAACAAAAGUAUUUCAAUAAAAAAGUUUAUUUAAUUUAUAAAGUUAAACAAUUAUCACCACAGUCUCUUAAUUUAAUACUAUGGCAGCUAUAGAGAUCAAGGGCAUCAGAGUUGGUUCAAAUUGAAAUCUCUAUUUAGCCAGUAGAAAUUGUUUUUUCUGCCUGAAAUGUAGUUUGACAUGAAUUUAGGAAGUUGGGGGAAGGGGAUUUCCUGUUACAGAUCACAGAUUUAUUUUUCAGACUGUGUAAUAUAUUGUCGCAGUCACAUUGGUUAUCCAAGCAGGAUAUUUUUUUCUGGUUUCGUUGCAAUGCAGGAUUUUUUUUUCUUAAAAUUUUGUUUUGCAGGAUUUUUUUUUUUGUUUUUGGACUCCCCCCCCCUUCACAUUUCUAAUGGUGCAUCCCUUAGCUUUGGUUGCAAUCACUGUUAAUACCUUGAAGGCUGUCUAGGUCAUUUUUUUCAAUAUUGCCAAUUAGUCGUCCUUAUUCGUGCAAUAAUUACAUUGAGUGAUUUUAGUUAAUUACGCGUCGAUCUCAAGGCUUGCUGCAUGAAUAGGUCAGUCAUAAGCUCAAUUCAAAGGGCAAGCACGUCAAUUACUCAGUAGAGUAACCAACUACAUAAUUCGCCCUUAUUCGUCCUUAUUAGAAAAUACUUGUAAAUAACAAAAUCACAGCUUAAUGUCCAGCAAAUCUGUCCUCCAACUAUUAUUUCCAGCACUACUGAAUAACAAAAAUGAACUUUGAAAGCCUUUUAGGGUAACAAGUUUUCAAUAACCACAAUAAUUAUUGCAAUCCAUUUCACUUUUUCUUAGUUUGUCCAUCCAUUGUUUAUGCCUUCUCCUAUUGUUUUAUGCGGUUAUUUUCGUGUUUCACUCAAUUUGGCGGCAGUUGCCAAAUUAUGUUUCAAUUUUGGUAAAUUUCCUGACACCGCUCCUCUAAGUAAAUGGUGUUCCAUACUGGAAAUGUUGUUGCUUCCUGCAGCCUGUCUAGGAUGAAGUAUUUGCCUCCAAAAAUUUUAUGCUCUUCGUUGUCUUGAAUUUAGAAGAAAAGAGUGAAGAGAUGACCAAAGAGGAGAAGAACUUAGCGUUGAUGGCCAUGAAAAAGAAAGACAAACGGUUAUACGACAGGAUAAUGCAUUCUAAAAAGAAAAAGAGAUCAGAGGUGAGGCAAGCAAGGUCUCGUAAA